AUCCUUCCUUUCUUCUUGUUCUUUGUGUUCUUCCUUCCUUCCUUCCUUCCUUCCUUCCAAGUAUGAGAACAAGUGGUUGCACAGUGCAACAAGCUCUAACUUCUGAGGCUUUGAGCGUUGUAAAGCAAGCAGUGAUUUUAGCCAAACGCCGUGGCCAUGCCCAAGUGACGCCUCUCCAUGUGGCUAGCACCAUGCUCACAGCUCCCACUGGCCUCCUUAGGACGGCAUGUCUUCAAUCCCAUUCUCAUCCUCUUCAGUGCAAAGCUUUAGAACUUUGUUUUAAUGUUGCCUUAAACCGUCUUCCAGCUUCAAAUUCCAGCCCCAUGUUAGGCCCUCAAUCUCAACAACACCCUUCAAUUUCCAACGCCCUUGUUGCAGCUUUCAAACGAGCUCAAGCCCACCAACGCCGUGGCUCCAUUGAAAACCAACAACAACCCCUUCUCACCGUCAAAAUCGAGCUGGAACAGCUUAUUAUUUCCAUUUUAGACGAUCCUAGUGUUAGCCGUGUAAUGAGGGAAGCUGGUUUCUCAAGCACACAAGUCAAGAGUAAAGUAGAACAAGUGGUAUCAAUUGAGAUGUGUAAUUCAUCUCAAACUUGUACUACCAAACCCUCCAAAGACAAUAACACCUCCAAAGACAAUAACAAUACCAACAACAACAACAACAACAAUCUUCUCGGCACAGUCGUCGGGAAAUCGUCAACAGGGUCACCCGCCUCCGGUCGAGUGAGCGAGGACGACAUCGCGGCGGUUAUCAACGAAUUAGCGGAGAAGAAGAAGAGGAGUGUGGUGGUGGUAGGGGAGUGUGUAGCAAACCUUGAAAGUGUGGUUGAGGCAGCAAUUGGAAGAAUAGAGAAAAGGGAAGUGCCGGAGUGUUUAAAGGAGGUAAAAUUCAUAAACCUUUCAAUUUCAUCUUUUAGGAAUAGGUCAAGAGAAGAAGUGGAUCAAAAGGUUAUGGAGCUCAAUAGUUUGAUAAGAAGCUGUUUAGGGAAAGGGGUUAUUUUGUACAUAGGAGAUAUGAAAUGGAGUAUAGAUUACUCAAGCAAUGAAACAAGGGCUUACAAUUAUUGUGGUGUGGAGCAUAUGAUCAUGGAGCUUGGGAAAUUGGCGUAUAGGAAUUAUGUGGGAGAUAAUGAUGAGAAAGGAGUUGUUUGGAUAAUGGGGAUUGCAACAUUCCAAACAUACAUGAGAUGCAAAUCUGGAUAUCCAUCAAUUCAAACUCUAUUGGCCAUUCAUCCUCUUACAAUUCCACCCGCCAGCUUAAGCUUGAGUCUCAUGGCUGACAGUGACAUUCAAAGACAGUCUCAGCUAAGUUGUUGUGCUGAGUGUUCAGGUAAGAUGGAGACAGAAGCUAGAAGCUUACAAGGUUCCAAUAAUAGUGAGUCGACAACCUCUUCAGCUCCUCUUCCUGCAUGGCUUCAACAAUACAAAAAUGAACAGAAAGCCAUGGGAGAAAAUGAACAGAGCUGUGUCGCAGUCACGGACCUUUACACAAAGUGGAACUCAAUUUGCAAUUCAAUCCACAACAAUUCCAAUAACAACAACAUUAUUUCUUCAGACAAAAGUUUAUCAUUCUCUUGUAUUCUUCCAAAUUCUUCUUCUUCGGCUUCUGGGUCUUCGUACGAUCAUCAUCAUUAUAAUAAUAAUCAGUUCAAUUUCUUACGACAUUCCCUUUUUGAGGGCAAUGGAGAGGGAAAGAAAUUGAAUAAUAAUCAUGGUUCGACGCCAUCACCAGCUUCGUCGGGAAGCGACGUCGUGAUGGAGGGUGAAUAUGUGAGUAGGUUCAAGGAGUUGAACUCUGAGAAUUUCAAGGGGCUUUGUAGUGCUUUGGAGAAGAAGGUACCAUGGCAAAAGAAUGUGGUGGGUGAUAUUGCUAGUGCUGUUCUUCAAUGCAGGUCAGGGAUGGGGAGGAGAAAAGGGAAGAUGGAAGAAACUUGGUUGCUAUUUCAAGGGAAUGACGUAGGAGCGAAAGAGAAGGUGGCAGCGGAAUUAGGAAGAGUAAUAUUUGGAUCAAAUUUUGUGUCCAUAACAUUGAGCAGCUUCUCCUCCACAAGGGCAGAUUCAACGGAGGAUUGCAGAAACAAAAGAUCAAGAGAUGAACAAAGUUGCAGCUACAUAGAGAGGUUUGCAGAAGCAGUUACCAUAAACCCUCAUAGAGUGUUUUUAGUGGAAGAUGUUGAGCAAGCGGAUUACUGUUCCAAAGUGGGGUUUAAAAGGGCCAUGGAAGGAGGAAGAAUCACCAACUCUAGUGGGCACCAAGUUUGUUUAGCGGACGCCAUUGUGAUUCUUAGUUGUGAGAGCUUCAGUGCCAGGUCUAGAGCUUGCUCUCCUCCCAUUAAAAAUGGAUCAAAUAAAGAACAAAAUGAAGAACAAAAACAGAUUGAUCAAGAACAAGAAGAAGAACAAGAAGAAGAAGAAGGUGGCCCUUGUUUGGCUUUGGAUUUGAAUAUUUCAAUUGAUGAUCAUCAUACACCUGCAGAUCAAUCGAUUGAUGAUGUUGGCCUUCUCGAUUCAGUUGAUAGACGGAUUAUUUUUCAAAUUCAGGAACUAUGAGUACAAAUAUGUAUAAAAACAAGAGUAAAAAGAUUUGGAGUAGGUUAUUUCGUUUUUGUUAAUUAUAUAUAUAUAUAUAUAUAUAUUCGUAA